CCAUUCAUGAACGCGCCAGAGAGGACAAAUUCGUCCUUUUGGAGGUGAGAAAAAGUGCUGGCCUACUGGCCGUGUUGGGAGAAUCGCGAGCGCAAGGCUCACGCUUGUAGGCAUCGCGGUCGCUCGCGAGCGGAAGCGGUCGCAAGGACCUCAACGGAGACGAAAGAGAUAGCCAGAGCCAGGCCAGGAAAAGGCAGCAAACAGCCGAAGCAAAAUUCUGCAGUAGUCCACCAGUGUCCUGUAGUGUUCCUCGCGAGUAUCGGGGCCAUCAUCAUCAUCGGCAGGCGACGGUGACCCGUAUCUGACUUGGAGUACCUUUUCAUCCCGUCGAAUGUCGGCCAGGAAUUGUGGCGACCAGUAGCAGGGUCCCCUGCCUGCCACCCAACCCACUCUGGCGAAGAUUUUUACGCUGGUUCCGGAGUACGAUGGCAUCACACAAUGGGCGCGAUGGCAAGGAGCUGCUACCGAAUGGCAGCAACUCGCAGCGACCGCACGAACGAUUGGUGCCGACAACUAGCCACACAACCAACGGUCAUACAGUGCAACAACAGCAGCAGCAACAGCAGGAACAUUCGUGUGAAAUCUGCGGUAUGUCCGGGAUGUCGGAUGAGGCAAUGCGUGACCACACGCGCCAGAACCACGUGGAAGGUAGCGCACAGUGUCCGUUCUGCGGGUUAAGCGGUGUACCAGCUGCCGAGCUGCUGCUGCACGUAAACCAGGCACACCUGGACUAUCUGACGCCCGAGAACGAGCUGAUGUCCUUCAUCGAUGAUCAAACGCCAAGUUUUUGCAGUGUCGACGGCGAUUCCGAUUCCAUCUCCGACUGUCGCGGGCUUUCGCCAUCGAUCACAUCCGAGCUACUAACGCCUGUGUCCGGCGCCGUUGGUGGAAGGUCACUGGGUGCAAGCCUUACGACCACGACGACCAGCACCAAUGGAAUGGUGAUGGGCAGCAGCAACACCAGCAGUUACUGCAGUAGCAACAGUACAACCAACCAUCACAGCCAUCAUCAAAUGCCGCCAACGGCGACGUCGACCUCCUCCUGUCCCAUGCCGAACGGUAACACAUCCGUUUCGACGAGCGCUGGAUGCAGUAGAAUGCAGACCUCGUCGCUUAGCAACACCUCCACGGCGGCCGGUAGUAGCAUCAGCAUGAGUAGCAGCCGCUCUAGUUUAGGUAGCAGCAGUAGCAAUCUGAAUGCCAGCGGUAGCCAACAGGCGAAUGGCAAGGUCCCGAGUGCGAACCACUUGCAGUAUCUGCCAGAGACGGUUCCAUCCGAGCAAGUGGGCACUAAUGGUACGAUCAGUAAGGAACAGCAAGGUGCUGGCGGUCCACUGUUGAACGGUGGUGGAGCUGGUUGUACGACACCUGCCGGUGCUGGCGCUGGUGGUCAGGGAUCCCCGUUGCGUUCGCAACUAGGAUUGAAGCUGAAAACGAACAAACCAAACGGAAGUGGCACUCCAGCGGAAACGAUGACGAUCGCAACAACCACGACGGUGACGACGACCAUCACAACGAAGCAGGCGAGUCCGUUGCAGUGCUUGCUAUGCCCGUACACGUCCGACAAUCCAAGUGUGCUGGAGGAACACAUCAACCGAUCGCACUUCGAUCCCCUGAGCCCCGGUGUUAAUGGUGGAGCGAAUGGUGGUGGCUCUGGUGUGGAUGGUGCAGGGUCCGGUGCCCAUCAUGUCGAUACGCUCAGUGUGCUACAGUGUCCGAUCUGUAAUCGUACGUUCGAAUCCGGUUCUGACCUUGAGCUACACGUCAACAUCGAACAUCGGGACAUUCUAAGCCCAGCCAAAGCCGGCGAUGGUAGCCGGAUAGCUAAUGGUGGUGGUGCUGCCGGUGGACAGAACGGAGCUGCGGCUGCGUCCGGUGCGGUAGUGAAUGGUAGCUACGGUGGCAGUACCGGUAGUCUAUGUCCCGUUUGCGGUAUCUCGUUCGAUCACAUGAGAACGCAGGACAUGGAGUAUCACAUCGAGCGCCACUUUUCGAAAAGCCCCCUGCAUCCGUACCAUACCGGUAGUGAAUCUGGUGGUGGAGUUGGUGGAGGAGCAGCGGCUGCAGCCGCCGCAACCGCCGUAGUGGUCGAUCUGGAGAAGCAAGCUCAGAAACUGCGCGAACAGCGAGAAUUCGAAAUGCUUCGCGCACAGUACGGCAUGGACGAUCAGGGUAACUUCCGUGAGCAAUCGGCAGCCGCUAUGCAGCGGGCGGUAUACGCGGGCGAGAUGAGUGUAGCCGAUUACUACGAGCGACAAGUAGGGCUGCGGGCAGCCGAAUCACAUGGCGUCGAUGAUGGUUCAUCUUGCACCAAAUCCGUCUCGCCACGCGUACUCUCGCUUUCUUCCUCUUCGCCGAACGUGAUUAAAACGUACGUCUGUUCCAGUGUUGACCACUACGCGUCUAGCUACGGUGAUAAGGGUUGGGGCUGUGGAUACCGCAACCUUCAGAUGAUGCUCUCCUCCCUGCUGCAGAACACAUCCUACAACGAAGCACUCUA